AUGAUUGCGGAGAAGGCCACAUUUGUCUCUGAGCGGGCGAAGGAGCUUAUUAGUGGUGGUGGCAACGUGGUGUCACGGGCCCGCUCACUCAUCUCGGGGGACGCGCAGUUCUUUUCAGUACAGCCGAAGGAGGAGGAUCUGCGCCAGCACCUUGACUCCGACUCACUUCAGGAGAAGCGAAACGCGAUGAAGCGCAUCAUUGCGCAGAUGUGCAAAGGGAAUGACAUGUCAAGCCUCUUUGCAGACGUGGUGAAGAAUGUUCACACCCCGUCGAUUGAACUGCGGAAGCUUAUUUAUUUUUACAUCACACACUACUCGGAAGAUCGCCCCAAUGAGGCUCUACUUUCCAUCUCUGCCUUCCAAAAGGACCUGAUGCAUCCGAGCCUGCAUGUACGUUCCCUCGCACUGCGGAUGCUUAGCACUAUACGCAUUCCAGCCAUUCAGCCACUGGUGUUGGUAGCUGUAAAGAAAUGUGCCUCAGACUUGGAACCAUUGGUACGAAAAACAGCUGCCAUUUCUCUCGCGCAAAUGCACGCCAUUAGUGCCGAUGACGGGGAUAGUGAAACGAUACUUAAACUUCUUGGGCAGCUGUUAGCAGAUAAGUGCACCGAGGUGGCCUCGGCUGCCGCGCUCUCAUUUAUUGAGAUAUGCCCCGAUAAGAUGGAUCUCAUUCAUCCCAUCUAUCGUGACCUCUGUUGUUCCCUCGUUGACUGUGAGGAGUGGGGGCAGGUGGUCCUGCUGCACGUACUUUUGCGUUAUGCGCGAACGCAGUUUAUGGACCCUAAUCGUCCCUCCCAGCCGAAUGUAAUACAACAAGGAAACAAAGAGAAGAAGAACUUAACCCAGGACAUUGCUGAUGCUAAGGUCGAGGGGGCCUCACUAACCUCAUCAUUAUCAUCCUCCUCAGCGUCAGCGUCGUCUUCGCUGGCAUCUUUCACGAGAGCUUCGUCAGAGGUACUUGCCCAGAGUAACAAAUACAACCUUGAUGAAGCUAGCGAUAGCCUUCUGGACUUCGAUCAUCGUCUACUUCUUGAUUCUGUUAAGCCACUCUUUAUGAGUCUUAAUAGUGCCGUUGUUGUGGCUGCCACGUCAUUGUUUUUUCAUUGCGCUCCUAAAAAAGAGUUGGGCGUCUGCGUUAAACCCUUGGUGCGUCUACUUGGGGGUCCCGAAGAGCAACAUGCAAUCGUUCUUAGUGCCAUCUAUACGGUUGUGUUGUCGCAGCCAGAGCCGUUUGUUGCAUACAUUAAGGAGUUUUAUCUUCUUCCCCAAGAUGUGAGGGAUGUGCGGAAAAUGAAAAUACAAAUUAUGUCAAAACUAAUUACGGUGGACAAUUGCAUGGAGCUAUUCCGCGAGUUUCGUGGGUAUCUUCGAAACUUCCAUGUAGAGAAUGUUGUGGAUACGGUGCGUGGUCUUGGACUUAUUGCAGGACGGUUGCCAAACUGUGCUUCAAAAAUUAUGCAUCUCCUGGUUCCUCUUAUGUCUCACCCUAACGCGGAGGUGGUGUCGGAGUCCAUUUCUGUUCUGCGACUGCUCGCCGUUCAGGGAAGUGACACAGCACGCACGUGCCAGUUAGUCUACAGCCUGCUGAACCAGGUACUAAAUGAGAAGAUCAUGGUGGCAUCCGCGAAAGCCAGUAUUCUUUGGCUUGUGGGGGAAAACAUUCAGCGUCACACGGUCAUCGCCACGGCGGCACCAGAGUGCUUCCGUGUGUUUGUGAAGCGAUUUGCUCAGGAGAGUUUGGAGGUGAAGAAGCAGGUGCUAACGCUUGGCUGCAAGAUUUGGCUCUUUCUGGACGGCAGCAGUUCGAUGGCCGAUCGUUUUCGCAAACUCUUCUUUUACGUCUUGGAGGUUGCCCACUUUGACGAGGACUACGAAGUGCGCGACUAUUGUCGCCUCAUUCGUUGCACCGUGGACCGUCAGAGCAGUGCCUUUGCGGCGCUGAAGAGCGUACUGCUGAGUGAGAAGCCGCUUCCGCAGUCCAACGAUCCGUACGUGGAGCGCACGCAGUACCAGCUUGGCACUAUGUCCCACCUCUUUGGCACAUCCCUCCUUGGUUACCGCCAACUGCCCCCGUGGUUGGAGGUGGCAACGGACCCGCUGCUGCGUGGUUCUCUCGGCGCUGAAGACAGUGUCGAAGAUUCAUCCCGCGGCUCGGGUUCCGACUUCUCCUCGACGCUCGGCAGCAGCGACACCGAAACAAGUGCUCUCGUCGAGGAUGGCAGCAAUGAUGCUUCGUCGCGAUCUGCAUCUUCAGCAGACACAUAUAGUUACGAUGAGGAAGAAACGGGAGAGGAUGCAAGCACUCAACGGUCAUCCUCCGCGUCGUUCUCGGUGGCGGCGGGGGCUUGUGCAGCCGUGGAGCCAACGCCGACGAACCGCACUCCUGUAAGUGUUGUGGCUCAUCAUGUUGAUCCAGCAGUUGCUCCUGUCACAGUGAGUGAUGUGAUGGAUUUGUCCCCCGGUGGCAACGCGAGCGUCACGGAAGCCGAUGAGCUGAAACUUGAGGAAGAUACACCCACAGUAGAAGUCUUGCCGGCUACACCCCCAUGCGACACCGCAGGUGCCGUUAACACGGAGGCAGGUGCAUCACUUCCCUCCCCAACACUAGAUCUAUCGUAG